GAAGUCUCAAAAGCCGAGAACGCUUCUCUCCCGCGACUGGACAGGAGACUCGUCCAUCAAUCACAAAGGCGGGCUUAACAGGCUCUCUGCCGCCGCUGAUUGGCGGCGAGAGUUCGUUCAUCGGUUUGAGCGGGAAGGCGCGGCUGAAGCGAACCCGGAAGAGAGUUACUGCUAUUCCUGCCAGACCCACGUGCCUCCCCGCUGCAGCCACUGUUUCACCUGUAAUGUUUGCGUCCUGCGACGAGACCACCACUGCAUGCUGCUCGGACAGUGCUUGGGCUAUCAGAACUACCGCUACUUCAUUUGCCUGCUGCUCUACGGGUCUGUCGUCUUGCUGUACGGUAGCUUGCUCAACGCCAAUGUGGUUUUGACGCUGCUAGAGGAAAGUGGCCUUGCCCACACGAUCCUCCUCCUAGUCCUGCCUUGGCUGAUGCUCCUGAUAGGGCAAGUCAAUAUUGCAGCCUUUGUCCACGCCUUUGUAACCGACGUCUGUAUUGUGGGCUUCUUGUUCUGCACCAGCUUCCUGCUGUUCCACGGCUUGCUGGCCCUGCGCGGACAGACCACCAAAGAAUGGUUCGAGGGAAAUCGCCAGUACGACUUGGGUUGGCGGAACAAUCUUCGACAAGUAAUGGGAGAUCGGUGGAUCCUGGCCUUCCUCACGCCUUUCAUCGCUUCCCCUUUGCCAGGAGAUGGGAUCACUUUCCAAACAAGGUCUCCCAAAAUGGAGCUGCCCUCCAGACCCCGCAACUUCUAAAGGUUUCCCCAUCUUCCCUUUUUGGAGAAAAGUUGGGUCCCUUUUAAGGAAACCGAUGGCUCCCUUCGUUCAAAAGCAGACGACGUGGGCGAAAACUCUGAAGGUUUUGCUCUUCCAUCGUUGAAAGCGGUUUGCUCUUGGAAUGCAGGUGACGGGUUGCUUCCCCCACGGAAGGUGCUUGUAGUGCUUUUGUUGCAGUCAUCUGGAAAGAAGGAAAGAGCGAAUGCGGAGCAAAAGAAGUGGACACACCUGCUUGGCUAAACUUGUCUAAAUGUGACGGUUGAGGCAGAACCAUCUUUCUCCUGGUCCAAAGUGCAUUAUAUAUUUUUUUUCUUCCACCUUAUCUCCACUGUUCUGAAAUGUUGCACAUCCCUUCUUUUCCCAGAUUGGAAAAAAUGUGAAGGAACUAAAAAACACUGUCUAGAAACGGAUUCAGGGACCAAAAUCCAGGUUUAUAGUGGCUUGCAUCUCAGUCCCCUUUCCCCCCACAGCAAUUGUGAGACUGGUUUUUCAUGAGCCCUGGGAUCAUGCAGAAGUCAACAGAGCUUAGGUUGUGAGAUGCUAGGGAGAGGGUGACAAUGUUUACCCCUUCACAUCCUGCCUAUUCCUUCACCACACUUGGGAGCUUCCCAGUCAUGUUAUCCACCCAAAUGACUUCUUUUCCCCCUCCUUUCCCAUCCAAAAUCUCCAACUCCCUGGAGACAUGGCUUGCACUGUGAGGAACCCACAAAGUGGGUGGGGGCGGGAAGACCAAAAACGUGCUCUAUUCUUUGUUCUUUUGGAUUUUUAGCAUUUAUACAGCUGCCUUUUCCAUUUAACUGAUUGCACUGCAUUGUAAACUUUUCAACCAAAAAAAUAAAAUCUCUUCCCAUUUCUUCAAGUCAGGUGUACAGACUGUUAUCAAAUCCAUGUGGUUAGUCUGAAUUUCAAGGUAAUGCUGAGCCCCUUGGUUGAUGUGAACAAACUCCAGUAGCUCAAGAAGCUGAAAACUAGCACUGUGCUUUCCAGAUGUCUGCCUUUCUUAGUAACUUUGAAUUAUGUUGGCUUUGGAUAAAUUGUUUAAAUUAUUUUUUUCUUCCUAGCAUUUUUCCACGGGUGCAGAGUCCACUUUUUUCGGAUCAACCAAACGUUGAUCUGUUGGUUGAGACAGGAACUGACCAACCGGCUUGUCGCCCGAGCCUGACGUUGUAGACUAAGUGAGGGGGACUGGCCCAAAGUCACCCAGCCGGCUUUCAUGCCUAAGGCGUCCCACGCAG